ACGCAUAAAUACCGACGCAGAACUAUUACGUCUAUCGUAGAGGCGAUAUCGCAGUGACUGGAAUGUUUUAGGUUUGCAUCGUGCACAAUCCAUUUGAAAUCUACAUUUUUGUUCAUCAUCCAAACAAAAUGUCUUUUUAAUGUUUUUUUUCAGGGUGGUCUCCUCGAAAUGAGAGCAAAGUGGAGGAAGAAGCGCAUGCGCAGGCUGAAGCGCAAAAGAAGAAAGAUGAGACAGAGGUCGAAGUAAACAAUCCUCACAGUGUCUUCACUUCUUAAUAAAUGAACUAGACUCUGUGACCGACCUGACCUUCCAAGACCUGUGAUGCCUUCUUGAACAAGGGGCUACAGGGAGAAACAACCUGGAGAACACCUAUCGCUGAUAAUAGACCUGCUGGACAGUAGGCUAUUGAUCUGAAAUGUUCUGGACCUUUUACAUGUCCAAUCAAAUUUUUCAUGUGUACUUCUUCAUACUGUGAUUGAAGGUUUUUGAUAAUACAUAAAAUAUUAGAUCCGGUCUUUUUAAAGCUAUUUAGGUUGUGGAGUAUGAUGGGUAUAGACACUGUUAGCGUUUUAAAAUUGUAAGCUACUGUACUGUAACAUUUUACAUCUAUAAACUGUUGUAUAACAAAAACAAACAGAAAAUGCAUGCAGUCAUAUUGGUGCUUUUACUGUUUUAUCAUCCAGAAUUCAGGGUCAAGGUCCCCACAAUGACUGUAACUUCUGUCUGCAUAGCUGGUCAUACGACGUAGAAGUCACUUCGUUCGCAUAUUUAUGACCACAACUUCCUUCUAAUAUUGCCAGAGAAAUAUGUAACUGAUUUCCGCGCUAUUAAUUUCCUUAUUUUCUGUACGCUGAAUUUACACAGGCAUUGCUGAACGCAUAAUACACUGCUGACUUUUAACCCUCUGGCGGAGUUCGGCGCAUUUUGCGUGCUUCUGACUUUUAAUUGGUCGAUAAUUAUGUACACGUUUAUCCGAAUAGCAUGAAAUAUGAUGAGGUGGUGGUUUUUGGAGAAUGUGUAAACUUUCUGUUCAACGAUCACAUCAGACUGUCAGUACACUGUUCAUCAGAUUGUCGCGAUAGAAUCGUUAAGUGCAUAAAAUGUGCAUAGUAUUUGCACAAAUUUUGGUAUUUGUCUAGUCUGAUAAAUGCAAAGCAAAUUAUUUUGUGCUGUUUUCUUGCAGCCUGGUAAAGGUAUAUAAUUGGCACCAACAUUCGUUUUUAUGCAUUGGUAGAUUUUGUGUACUGUGAAAUACAGGUUUAUCGUUAAGCGCAUAAAAUGUGCACCGAAUUUGGAUAUCCGCAAAAGAUUUUUAUUCAAUAUUAUAUUUAACUUUUUUGGCCUCUUUCUUUUCAGCUUCUUCAGCUCUAAAUAUUGACACAAAAUAUGAUUGCAGUUUUCCGUAUUUGAACCCUUUAAAUGCUAUUUUUGCUUUGAAUUUACACUGAUUUUGGUUGAAAAUUAGUCAGAUGAUGAUUUCUUUCCAAAAUGUGAAAUGCAAAGCAGCAAAGUAAUGCAACUGCUUCAGACUUAAAGUGAUUACUGCUCUCCACCAGAUCAGAGUUUUCAGCAUGUCCAGACUCUGGCAUUAUAAUGAUACAGGGACUUCUCAUCAAGAAGUGUCAGCAACUGAUCAUCAAUGUUUAUUUCAACUUGGCUUUUUUUUUUUUUCUUUUUGUCCAAAACUAUAUUCAUCUUGAACAUCUGUCAGUGAAGAUUGUUUUAAUGCUUUUCCCCCUCUUUGACCGGCGCAGCGUCCAUGUUUAGUGUUUAUCAAGAAACCAUAAAUACAAUCCUAAAACAGCACACAGAAGCUAAACAUGUACCGACAGUAGCCCAAAUCACUGUACACGUGUGUGUGUGUACGUGUGUGAGCAUAUACGUGGGCAUGUGUGUGCAAGUGUGUAAACGUCUGCAUGUGCACGUAUGUGCACGCAAAUAAGGCUAUUGAAUAAUGAGUAUAAAAUAGCCUUUUGAAGCACCUUUAGAUGGGGUGGCCACAGACGCUGUAGGCGGUGUAACCCUGUUUCUCUGAAGUGCACCACACUCUUGAUUGCUCCUCUGGGCUGUGUCUGGGAUGGACCUGCACUGGGCCUGCUAUGUGAAGAACAGCAAGCACCAAUGUGCUUUGCAUUGAUCAGAUUGGACAAAUAUCAAAAUCUGAGCUUUUGCCAGCACAUUUUUUAUGAUAAAAAAUUGCGUGAAAAAAGUUUUUUUUAACGAGGGUUAAAUUUCCUCUGUCAAUUGGUCAAAGUACACUUCAUACAAACACUGCUAAGCGACUAGGAGGCUAUAAUCCGCUGGGGUUUGGUUGCCAGGCACGCGGAGAUGAACCACAACCAAGGAUUAGGUGUUUGUUUUGUUCCCAGGCCACAAUGAGUGUCGAGCCUGAAACUGCUCUUCCGUAAAAAGUAUCGCCAUGGCAGUGGUAGUCACUGUGGUGGUGAGUUUGGAGGUUAUUAUCCGUGAGCUAUAGACUAAGCAGGUUCACAUUUACUGAGCUGUAAAUGUGAACCUGCAUGGCCAGAGAAGCGCUUGCGCGCACGUCUUUCUUAUGUAAAGCGGAUAACGAUGAUCUUAGUGUUCCUACUAACUGAGAACGUAAUUUAUGGUGCCAGUUUUACCACGAGAAUGGACUCCUCCCGAUUUCGUGGAUGACGCUACAAGUAAAUUCUAAGGUUUCUACUGGAUCUUAUGAAGGAGGGUUUCACGUAGAGCCCGCCCUCGUGGGUCUAGUCACUCGCUCAAUUCAGAAUGAGGUAGAUGGGCUGUGCAAGUGAAUGGUAGUGCGUGAACACGCACAAGUAUUUGAGCGUUAAAUUAUCUUAAUUUUACGUGCUUCCUCGAUGCCCUCGGUUUAUUAAACUGUGGUACAGCGCGUCUGGCGCUUACCACUCCGUCAAAGAGAAGCAAAAGGCUGGACCCGUCUGUCCUAGCAUCUUUGGAAGAUGACGACCACAGAUCCUACUGCGGAGAUGGCCUCAGCGAGCCAUCCCCCCGGGGAGAGAGCUGUCAGUGCGCUGUGGUCGUUCGGUAAAUGCCUGGGCGCGCUGCUGCCCGUGUACCUGGCGGGGUACUACGGAUGCAGCAUCAGCGUGGUCCUACUUGCGCUCAUGAUUUACAUGGGAUGGAAACACAGCCGGCUGGAAAAAGUGAUGAGGCUCAAAUCCGCAAUGUACCUACUGGAGAAUGAAAGGGAAUUCACAACUGCAAAGGUUUUCCGGAGCAAACGGGAUUUGCCUCCUUGGGUCAAUUUUCCAGAUGUUGAAAAAGUGGAGUGGCUGAAUAAGAUAUUACAGCAGGCUUGGCCUUUUAUCGGGCAGUACCUUGAGAAAUUGUUGGUUGAGACUAUUGCUCCAUCUAUCCGAGCAUCAAGCAUUCAUUUGCAGACUCUAAGCUUCACCAAAGUCAAUCUGGGGGAUAAGGCUCUGAAGAUUGCUGGCGUAAAGGCUCACACAGAACAUGAUAAAAGACAAGUUAUGUUGGAUUUGUAUGUGAGCUAUGCAGGCGAUGUUGAGAUCAAUGUGGAAAUCAAAAAGUACUUCUGUAAAGCUGGUGUGAAAGGUGUUCAGCUCCAUGGAAAGCUGCGUGUCAUUCUUGAACCCCUAAUUGGAGAUGUACCACUUGUUGGAGCCAUUACAAUGUUUUUUAUCCGUAGACCAAAACUGGACAUUAACUGGACAGGAUUAACCAAUCUCUUGGAUAUUCCGGGACUGAAUGCCAUGUCGGACACAAUGAUUAUGGAUGCUAUAGCCUCCCACCUGGUACUUCCCAAUCGUCUCACGAUUCCCCUGGUUUCCAAUCUUCUUGUUGCACAGCUCCGCUCUCCUCUCCCAAGGGGGGUAGUGCGUAUUCACCUGCUGGAGGCAGAGAACCUGACAGCAAAGGACACUGUUAUUAAAGGGUUAAUUGAUGGAAAGUCAGACCCUUACGCUGUGCUGCGUGUGGGGACCCAGGUGUUCACAUCUCAUCAUGUGGACAGCAAUCUGAAUCCACAAUGGAGAGAGAUGUUUGAGGUGAUUGUCCAUGAAGUGCCUGGUCAGGAGUUGGAGGUGGAAGUUUUUGACAAAGACCCAGACCAGGAUGACUUCCUGGGCAGGGUUAAGGUGGACCUGGACAUUGUAAAAAAUGCUAGGAUUGUGGAUGAUUGGUUCAAUCUACGGGACGUCCCAAGUGGCAGUGUACACCUCCGACUGGAGUGGCUCUCUCUGUUGUCCUCUGCUGAGAGACUGAGUGAGGUCAUCCAAAAGAAUCAGAAUUUGACCAGUCGAACCACUGACCCUCCAUCUGCAGCUAUCCUUGCUGUUUAUCUUGAUCAGGCUCAUGCUUUGCCUAUGAGAAAAGGAAACAAAGACCCAAGUCCUAUGGUGCAGAUCUCUGUCCAGGACACAACUAAAGAAAGCAAGACUUGUUAUGGGACUACAAAUCCUUCAUGGGAAGAUGCUUUUACAUUCUUCAUUCAAGAUCCUAGCAAACAAGAGAUUGACAUUCAAGUCAAAGAUGAUGACCGUGCAUUUUCAUUGGGCAAUCUGAGUAUUCCUUUGAGUAAUCUCCUCUCCUCUCCCAAACUGACUUUGGAUCAGUGGUUUCAACUGGAAAAUUCUGGCUUGGCAAGCAAGAUCUACUUCAAAAUGGUGUUAAGGGUUUUGUGGCUAAGUGAUGAUGCCACUCCUACCACCCCUCCUCGGCCUUCGUCCUCUGGGUCUGGAAUGGGUCCAGGGGGAAUACCUGUAGAGCUGAAUCCAAUGGGGCCGAGCGGAUUAUCCAAACCACCAUCAACA